UCGGGUGUCUACUAUAUUCGGGCUACCAAGUACCAAGAAGCGUUGGAAGCCCCCAGAGGAGCAGCAACCAGCCAACCGGACCCGCCAGAACCGUCCGAAGGUUCAGUCUACUCCGUGCGCCCAAACGGUCCAGACCUGUUCAAGAGGCACUUUCUACUAUUUUAUUGGAUUUUAAAUAAUCAAACAUCACUCCCCUGUUUGCCAAUUGGAUCAGAUUGUCGUGAUUAGUACUCGGUUCGAUGAUUUUCCAUUUCGUGUGCUAAAAUUCAUCAAUCAAUCAAUCCAUCAUCAUUUGGAAUUAACGAAGAUCUUCAGGAUAAUCAAAAAGACUUUCGCUGAUCAUCACCGGUAGCCAACAGCGGAUGCAACCCCGUGAAAUCCUUGACUCCAUCCAACCUAGAACAAAGAUCACCAGAAAAAUCAAAGAACUAAUCACUCACUCGUGCUAAUAAUACCAUCAAAGAUCGAAGUGGUGGGAGCAGGAGGAAAAUAUUUGGCUGGUGUCAGACGUACGGUGUGAUCCGUUUGAAAAGUCAGACUUGAGGAAAAAGGAAAAAGAAAAAAAGAGAAUAAAGAAAAAGGAAAAAAAAGGCUGAGAAAAAAGAAAAAAGAGAGAGAAUAAAAGUGGAAUAAAAAAAAAUCGCUGAAGGAGGUGGGAUAGGUACCCACUUGGCAAUAGACGGAAAAGGAGAGAGGAGGACGAGAGAGAGAGAUAGGAAGAUUGGUUGAGAGAGUGAGAGUGAGAGAGGCGUAUAGUCAAGUCUGUUGAGGUCUCGUGAACGAGGGAGCGGUGGGAAUUUAUAAGGAUGUUCGCGAUAAUGCCGAUGGAGACAGAGGGGCACGGCAGGGAGUUCGGCCGCCGGCAGAAGAUGCGCGCCAAGUGCACAGUCGAGUUCGUCUGCAAGUACUGCCAGCGGCGUUUUACCAAGCCCUAUAACCUCAUGAUACAUGAGCGCAGUCACAAGGACGACGUGACCUUCACCUGUGAGGUCUGCGGAAAGUCCUUCAAACGACAGGACAAUCUCAAACAGCACAGAUGUGGGUGGCGGUGAGCGGGAGCUCUGAAACCCCCUGCACCUUCCACACAACAACAAAAACAAAUUAUCGAAAAAAGGCAAAAAAAAAAAAAGAGAAUACAAUAACACGAGUACACAGAUCCUCCCCCCGUUCCCUACUCUAAGAAAAAAAAAUAUAUAUAUUCAUAAUUCAAAUUACCCGCUUCUUGAUCACCGUGCUACCCAAUUGGUAGAUUCGUUCCAGCAUGCACUCUACUCUCACUCUUCUAACAAAUCUACUAAUUAACGGAGAAAUGAUUAUUGAAUGAAUUACUCAUGCGCUAGAAAAGCAGUUCCUCAUUCCCAAUAUUUCGGUCAAUCUCUGUUCCAGGAGCAUACACUCUGUUCCUUACAAGGGCUCCAACGGCUACUCGAAUGGCUAUUCGAAUGGCUACUCUAGGUACUAGAUGCCAUGUCCAGCCGACUUCCCCUUAAUCCCCACCCCCAAUUUUUCCCGUAGAUGAUUUUUUAAUAAAGCCAUCAUUAUAUUUCCCCCACAUCAUAUCUAUCUGUAGAAUUCUACUCGCCAGUAAAAGAAGAAAAAAAAAACGAGAUUUCCUAACCCACCCCCUUUACCCCCUUAACCCCACGAAAUCCGAGAGGAGAAAAAAAAAAA